GGAAGCGGGCCGUGCAUGCGGCGGGCGGCGCGGGUCGCGCUGGCGCUGGCCGGGGACGGAGCGGCGGGGCCGGGGCCGGGGCCGGAGCCGGGCCUGGGCUUUGCCCGCAGCGCUCGCGUCCUCCUGCCGGCCGGCGGCGCGGCACAGCCCCAGCAGCGAGGCUGGACGGAGGCGGUGUCGGCCGCCGCCGGUGCGCUGCGGGCGGGCGGGCUGGUGGCGGUGCCGACGGACACGGUGUACGGCGUGGCGUGCCUGGCGCAGGACUCCGGCGCCGUGCGGAGCAUCUACAGCCUGAAGGGGCGGAACGGGAGGAAGCCGCUCGCCAUCUGCCUCGGGGACGUGGAGCGGCUCUACAGGUACUGCCGUGUCAAUGUGCCGGACGAGCUGCUGCGGGACCUGCUGCCUGGACCUGUGACCCUGGUCUUGCAGCGUUCGGAAGAGCUAAAUAAAGACUUGAAUCCCUUCACAUCGCUGGUUGGUGUUCGUAUUCCAAACCACCCCUUUAUCAGGGAGUUGGCACGAGCUUGCUCUGGACCACUGGCUCUAACAAGUGCUAACAUCAGCUCGCAGGCCAGCACGCUGACGGUGUCGGAAUUCCAAGACCUGUGGCCUCAGUUGUCCUUAAUCAUCGAUGGAGGCCCAAUUGGGGACGUUCAGAGCCCGGAGUGUCGCUUGGGGUCAACUGUGGUUGAUUUAUCUGUGUCAGGGAAGUUCAGCAUCAUUCGGCCUGGCUGUGCACUGACACCUACGGUUGAAAUCCUGACACAGAAGUAUGGCUUGGUACCAGAAUCAUCUUAAGACUUCAGACUCGGAGGAGCUGGUGAGGCUGGGCACCGUGUGCCUGUGCAUUCAGGAAAUGGGCAUUCAUGGCCUUGUUUAAUAAGGUCGAUGGGUUCUGUCAGGGUUAAUAAAGUAAAGAUAGAAAACUGGA